AUGGAGCCGUCCCAAAGACGACGUGCAGGAUGCACUGAGUGCAAGAGGAAGAAGGCAAAGAUCACGACACAGCCAUCUUCAACCGAGGAGACGGCCGGCGAACAACAAAUGUGCCUAGCACCAAGCUCAGUUAUCACUUCCAACCAACUCAUUUCUUAUACCGAUACAUCCGACACAUUCGAGAGCAACUUUCUUUCAUCACCAAUUCCAGACGAUUCUUCUGAAUUCUUGUUUUACUUCCAUGCAUUGAGUCCACCAAGGCUCAGCGUCUCCCUCUCUCUUCCGUCCAGCCCUCCAAUCCGGUCUGACCCUCGGCGGAUCUACUUCCAGCACUUUGUAGCCCAUACAGCAAUAGUAUACUGGCCACUACAACCGGACAUGGCCCUAAGCUUGCUUCUACCAGCCGCUGAUCUUAGCCCUUGCAUAAUGGGGGCAAUGAUCGCCGCCAGCAGCAGCCAACUCUUCAGGAUGGCGCGAAACCCAGAAUCGAAGAAUGCAGCAAUAUCGGCGACUGUGGAAUGUUUGGGAAACCUCCGAGAAGCACUUACUACACCACGAUUCGGCGACUUUGGUGUGACUAUCUUGCCGACGACGUUAAUGCUGGCUACGACAUGUGUCUGCGCAGGGGAUACUACGACCUUUCGGAAGCAUCUCAACGGGGCUCUUCAUAUCGUUCAACGCGAUAAAUCGAAGUAUAGCCUGGAUCCUUUAUGGUGGAUGAGUCUCAAGUGGCUUGUUCACUGCCUUCUGAUGAACAGACUUUCAGGCCUGCCCUUACCAUCACGGCAGACAAAGGGGUUCAUCGACUGGGACUACCUUUUGACAUGUAUGCCUGAUUUAGGGCGCAUCGAUCUCACUUCUGGCUUUUCUAGAGAGCUGGUGAUUACUCUGAAUAUGGUUUGCGAGCUAUCUGAGCCACGUUGCACAAAUGUCGAUGCAAGUGGUGAAUUGUAUGGAAAUGAUCUAGCACGCAGUGCACAUUCUCACGAACUCGAACUGCGAUUGAUCGACCUUCGGAAUAAGACCGCUUCAACGGUGACAGACGUGGUGCUCCGGGCAGAACUAGAGACCACCCAUAGACUGUUCACUGAUGCAACACUGCUAUGUCUAUACAGACGGGUUGACGAACUAUCCAAGAACAAUCCCAAAGUUCAAGCAGCAGUGAAAUCGAUUAUCAACUCAUUACAGAACAUUCACAAACAGUCCCCUGUUCACGCUCAACUUUUGUGGCCACUUCUUGCAGCAGGCUGCGACUCAACGACUCAUGCCGAGCGCACUAUUGUCGUGGAGACAAUGGAGAGCAUGACUGCACGUGGAAUGGGCAGCUACGAAAAUGUCCUUGAGUUCAUGAGGGAUUAUUGGAAGAAUGGCGGCGAGAUGAGAUGGGAUUUGUUCGCCAAGCAAACAGGAAAAGACCUCGUACUAUUCUGA